AUGGACUCCAAUCCUUGGUCACUACCAUGGCCUCGCGAACUUCCAGUUGUGGUUCAAAAUUUGCAAAAGCUGCCAAUCGAAAUAGUCCAUCAAAUUCUGAGCGAUCUGCCAGUCAUCAAAAUCCUAGCAAUUCUAUCGUGGAGGCUACCAUUUCUGUGGCAAUGUGUUCUUACUCAUAUAAACUACGGACGAAUCUUUAGAUCGUAUGAUGAUAUUUCGGAUGCCAUGAACCAUUACACUCUCUACCGCGAAAUAUGCUGGUUUCGCCGUUGGCCUCCCGCAGACCCCAGCUCUAUAUUCGCAUUGUCUUCCCAGAUACUCAUCAAACUCUUGGUACCCUUACAUGGUAUGAUUUGUAAAAUGAGAAGCAAGAUUAGGGCAGGCUUAGAUAUCAGGGCUUAUGACCUCGAUCUUCUAAUUAAGCAUGGAGGGAAAUUUCGCCCAGGCACUACAAACAUUAGGCUUGAUGGGUUAGGACAAACUCUCAACCUUCAAACGUGCUGGGUUUAUUGGAAUUGGAUCAAGGAGUCCAAGAGGCAGCUAAACAUAACUAAAUCCGAACAAAAAAGGCUCUCUGCACGCCUGGUUGGGAACUUCUCACGAUUUCUGAGGCAAUCGCUGGAUCCAUCCCAGGGUAACCCUCGACCCAAUACUUCUCAUAUUGUAGCCAGAUUUGAAAGUUCUGCGAUAAAAUCUCUACGCGACCGAAACUUGUAUCAUAAUUGGCUUCAUAAGCAUUGUAAACCCGGCACGGAUCUCGUUGAAUUAGUACCAUAUGACCGAUACCUUUGGCUAUUACUUGAAACAUUAGACAAACAUCCAUUUGAUAUUGGAAUUACUGGCCUCGAGGAUACUCUGGCAAAAGUCACUUUGCACAACGAGGAGCAAGGAACAGAUGCAGAAAACACUGGCUUAUCCACUGUCGAUAAAGAAAACCCCAGUAGAUUCCAGUACCCGGAAGAAAUCGCCGACGAAUUGAGGACAGUGUUGAAAGGCCUCAUGUAUGUUUAUACCGAGCCGCCGUCGCUCGUUCCACGCAUUCAAUGGGCCCCCGCCGGCAAUGUCAGCUCUUCAGAGAAGUGGCCAAAGUUCUCUGUUGACAGAGAAAGACACCCAAACAUCCUCUCUCCGAUCAAGCAUCAAUGUGUCAAUAAGCAUAUAAAACCACAUGAUGAAAGAGAGUACGGAUGGUUGGAAGCUUUUGUGAAAGCGAUUAGAUGGAUAGAAUCGAAUAUCGGAGUGGCCAAGGGAGAUUUCUAG